CGUCCUCCGCAUCCGCACGUGUCUGCCUCCGCCUGCGCGAUGCUGCCUCUGCUGCGCUGCGUGCCCCGCUCCCUGGGCUCCGCCAUCGCCGGCCUCCGCGCCGCCGCGCUCUCCCCGGCGCUCCGGCAGCUGCUGCAGCCCGCGCCCCGGCCGUGCGCCCGGCCCUUCGGGCUGCUCAGCGUGCGCGCGGGGUCGGAGCGGCGGCCGGGCCUCCUGCGGCCUCACGGGCCCUGCGCCUGCGGCUGCGGCGCCCUGCACACGGAAGGGGACAAAGCUUUUGUCGAAUUCCUGAGUGAUGAAAUUAAGGAGGAAAAGAAGAUACAGAAGCAUAAGUCCCUCCCCAAGAUGUCCGGAGGUUGGGAGCUGGAAGUAAAUGGGACAGAAGCCAAAUUAGUACGGAAAGUUGCUGGAGAAAAGAUCACUGUCACUUUCAACAUUAACAACAGCAUCCCACCAACAUUUGAUGGGGAGCAGGAGCCCUCCCAAGGGCAGAAGGUUGAAGAACAGGAGCCUGAAUUGACAUCCACUCCCAAUUUCGUGGUUGAAGUUAUCAAGAAUGGUGGGAAGAAGGCCCUUGUGCUGGACUGUCACUAUCCAGAAGAUGAAGUUGGACAAGAGGAGGAGGACGAGAGUGACAUUUUCUCUAUCAGGGAAGUGAGCUUUCAGUCCACAGGCGAGUCUGAAUGGAAGGACACUAAUUACACACUCAACACAGAUUCCCUGGACUGGGCCUUAUAUGAUCACCUAAUGGAUUUCCUUGCGGACCGAGGGGUGGACAACACUUUCGCGGAUGAAUUGGUGGAGCUCAGCACAGCCCUGGAGCACCAGGAGUACAUUACUUUUCUCGAAGACCUCAAAGGUUUUGUCAAGAGCCAGUAGAGCAGACAACAAGCUGAACACCUUAAUUUUACAGCAGGCUUUGGCCAGUGAACAGAACCUACUCUGAAGCCAGACACACGUGCUUUGAAAUGGUUUUCAUCCUAAUAUCAUGGAAAAUAAUUCAAAUUUAAAUUAUUUCUGUUGCCCUCAUAUUUACUAUUCAUUUGUUUCUUCUCAAUAAAUCUAUUAUUUCUAGAUUUUUGUAUAACAUAACGAUGGACAAUAAAAUUGGUUUAUCUCCUCCAAA